GGAGCGUCUUUUUGAACCCCCGGGGAGCACAGGGAGCGCAGCAGCAGGUGCGGUAGAGGAGGAGGAGAUGAGUUUGUGUGUGCGGUGGGCGGGCAAGGAGCUGACGGUGGGCGCCAGCGGUGACGACACGGUGGGCGAGCUGAAGCGGCGCAUCUGCGAGGCGACGGGCGUGCUGCCCUCCCGGCAGAAGCUGCUCAACCUGAAGCUCGCCGGGCGCCCCGCCCCCGACUCCACUCUGCUGUCCCAGCUCGCCAUCAAACCCUCCCUCAAGAUCAUGAUGAUGGGCACGGUGGAGAGUGAGAUCGUGGUGGGCCCGUCACCACAGGAAGCCCCCGACGUGGAGGUGCUGGACGACCUGCAGCUGCCGGAGGACGAGGCCGUGGCCAUCAAGGACCGCCCAGAGAACCUCGCCAAGCUCAGACGCCGCUCUCAGCACUUCAAGCUGAAGGUGCUGAACCCACCGAGGGCGGGCAAGCGGCUGCUGGUGCUGGACAUCGACUACACGCUCUUCGACCACGUCUCCCCCGCUGAGAAUGCUGCCCAGCUAAUGCGCCCCUACCUGCACGAGUUCCUGGCAGCCAGCUACUCCGCUUAUGACAUCAUCAUUUGGUCCGCCACCAGCAUGAGGUGGGUGGAGGUGAAGAUGCGUGAGCUGGGCGUGUUGGGGCACAGCGACUACCGCGUGCUGGCGCUCGUGGACCACAUGGCCAUGAUCACCGUGCACUCGCCCCACCGUGGCGUCUUCGACUGCAAGCCCCUCCAAAUCCUCUGGGACAAGUUUCCCGAGCACUACAGCGAGGCCAACACGAUCAUGUUUGACGAUCUGCGCCGCAACUUCGUCAUGAAUCCGCGCAACGGGCUCACCAUCCGCCCCUUCCGCCGCGCCCACGCCAACCGCCACUCCGACCGCGAGCUCGCACACCUCACUGAGUAUUUGCUCGCCAUUGCUGACCUGGACGACUGGAGCCAGCUGGAUCACAACCAAUGGGAGCGCUUCAUGCGGCGCCUGAAGAAGUAG